AGAGUAGGUGGAAACUUAAGUAGUAAUCUAAACUUCAAGAACUGAAAGUUUUGUCAGAGGAAGUCUGUGCUUGUGCUCAUUUUCUGAGUCAGUGAAGGAAGUAUUCUUGUAUUAAGAACGUUGACUUGUUGUGUGCUCCGUAGAGCACCUAUUUGACUCGCCCUGUGUCUUGACCACUCCCCUAGGAGGACUUGUCAGCAGAGCAGGGUUUGCACUCCACUGAUGUCAGAAACCCGAGGAUUUUUGAGAGGUGGACAGAAUCAUCUUGUUUGGAUAAACACUUGACCAGCUGGAUCAGAAAUUACUUUCCUGGGAUGUUAAGUAAAUAAAGCAGAAGCCUAGCAAGCAAUAGUGUGGAUAUUUUGUCUUUUUGUGUUUGAACUUCAAAAACUCUGGAAGUUGAAUAACCAACUUUACAGCCAUGCAAACGGAAGCAGACUGCUUCAGUCCAGAAGCUCAAAAACUGGCUGAAGCAAGGCUUGCAGCGAAGCGAGCAGCACGAGCGGAGGCGCGGGAGAUCCGAAUGAAAGAACUUGAGAGGCAGCAGAAGGAGAUCUAUCAGGUCCAAAAGAAAUAUUAUGGUCUGGAUACAAAGUGGGGUGACAUCGAGCAGUGGAUGGAAGACAGUGAGCGUUAUUCUCGUAGAUCCAGAAGAAAUGCCUCGGCUUCAGAUGAAGAUGAGCGCAUGUCAGUGGGGAGCCGUGGAAGCCUGAGGUCUGACUUGGAGUAUGCCAGCGCUUAUCCAGUGGCUGGAUUAGAGAAUGAGAGGACCAAAAAGAAGAACUCCAAAGUAACCAAUGGUUAUGAUGAAGACAUGUAUGGAUCGUCUCAGAGUAGAAAAUCUAGCAGGGGAUCCUAUUAUUCUGACCUUGGUCUUCACAACAGUGGCUUCACUUCCAAAUCCCAACCAUCUUCCCAAAAUGGAAAUCGGCCCUCCUUGCUGUACAGUGAUGUUCUGCCUGCCAGAAGUUACAGGGCAUCUCUGUAUGAUGAGAGCAUUUACAGUGGGAAUCGUCGAUAUAGUGCCUCUAGUUCUCGUGCUCCUUCGGAGUACAGCUGCUACCUCGGCUCCGGAUCUCGGGCAUCUUCUAGAGCCAGCUCUGCUCGAGCCAGUCCAGUGGUUGAAGAACGGCCAGAAAAAGACUUUGAGAAGGGAGCUCGUACUGUGUCAAGCUUAUCAGCAGCUACGCUAGCCUCUCUAGGUGGAACUUCUUCCCGGAGAGGCAGUGGGGACACCUCCAUCUCCUUUGAUACUGAGGCAUCCAUUAGAGAAAUUAAGGAUAUCAAUGAGUUAAAGGACCAGAUUCAGGAUGUAGAAGGCAAAUACAUGCAGGGAUUGAAAGAAAUGAAGGAUUCCCUAGCAGAAGUUGAAGAGAAAUAUAAAAAGGCUAUGGUGUCUAAUGCUCAACUGGACAAUGAGAAAACAAACUUCAUGUACCAAGUAGAUACCUUGAAGGAUGUGUUGUUAGAGUUAGAAGAACAGCUGGCAGAAUCCAGGAGGCAAUAUGAAGAGAAAAGCAAAGAAUUUGAGCGGGAAAAGCAUGCUCACAGCAUAUUGCAGUUUCAGUUCACAGAAAUCAAGGAGACCCUGAAGCAGAGAGAAGAAAUGCUCAUAGAAAUCCGGCAGCUGCAACAGAAACAGGAGAGCUAUAUCAGGGAAAUUUCUGAUCUUCAGGAGACGAUAGAGUGGAAAGACAAAAAAAUAGGGGCGUUAGAGAGGCAGAAAGAGUUCUUUGAUUCCAUAAGGAGUGAGCGAGAUGACCUCAGAGAUGAGGUGGUUGUGCUGAAGGAACAACUGAAGAAACACGGAAUAAUCCCAAACUUGGAGGUAGCCACCAAUGGAGAGACUGUAGAUGGUCUCGAGAAUGAAGGCCAUUCGGAUUCUACCAAGAUUACCCAAGGGGCGACUCAGCUCCUAAAGUCCACUGGGGAUGGGACACUAGGCAGAGCCAAUGAAGUGGAGAUGAAAGAUGAGAUUUUGGAGGAUGUGGGGAACAGACAAAACUUGCAGAAUACUGAGGAACACAAAGAGGAGUCUGAGGAGCGGGAAAUUGUAAAGGAGUGUGCGGAGAUAAAGACAUUGCAUGCUGAUGAAAAUACAGAGGCAGAGAAAACCAUUGAAGACAAUGCUGUUACGUCAACAGGGAUGUUAAGUCGUGGACGUGAAGAACAAAUGCAAAGCCAUGCAGAACACGUUUCAGGAAAUGUUUCUUCCACUGACAAUAGUGAUGUGAUUCAGUUGAGAGAGGAAACAGACUUGGGAGGUGAUAGCAUAGAACCCCAACAGUCUGGUAGUAAGGAAGCUGAACAUAGUAGUGAUUUAAAUCAUUUGAAUAAUGAGGCUUGGGAAACAGGUACACUGCCAAGUCAGGGUAUUGAGACUCCUCAGGGGAGGCCAAUGGACUUAGACCCAGAGCAUGAAUCUGAAAGAGUUGCACAAGAGCAGGAAGUAAAACGGGAGGAUUUUACAGUUUGCCAAAGAGAAGGCAAGAGUGAAAUAUUUCAGGAAGCUCUUGAUCUUGUGGGUAGCAGCCAUUCGUCCGCCUCUGAUCAGUCAGGAUCACCAGGAGGUGCAAGAGCAGGGGCUGGUGCUGAAGAGCCACAUGUGGUGGCCCACCUUGAAAGUCUCCGUCAAGCAGAAGAAAGCAUUGGAAACGAGGUUGGGAGUAGCUUGCAGAAACAGCUUGCUGGAGAUGAAGGGUACAUAGACACAGCAAUUGGUAAAGUAGGGCAUGGUAAAGUUGAGGGUGAGGCAGCUGAAAAAGAAAAGACGGGAAAUACAGUUGAGAGUCUGGGAAGGAAAGAAGUGGAUUCUUUGGGAGAGGAGGGAGAAGCAACAGGUGAAAGUGAGGUCACACCAGAAACAAUUGUAAAAGAACAAAAACCAGAUGAACUCCAAACCCUCUCCACUUUUUCAAGAGCAGCAGCAGAAGAAAACAUGCAAGAUGAGGCAGAGAACGAAAAGGAUAGUGCUGCGAGGGGACAAACAAAAGACAUAGGAAAGGUGGAAGAAUUGACAGGCAUAUUGGAUAUACAGUCAGAUUCUGAAACCGAAAGGGCAAAAGAGGAGGAAUGUGUGGUAUCCCUAGAUGAAUGUGCAGAGAUAAAAGAAGGUGCACCACAUCAGACAGAGCAGGACCAAGAUGUCAUGAAAGAAAUUCCGUCCCCAAAAACUAUUUUAGUUUCCAGUCCCAGUGACCAUGAAAUUGAGGAAUCAAACACAGAAACGUACGACAGAAAGGAAAGGGAAAAUGACUUGAUGGAAGAUGAGAGAACACAGGUAGAAAUACAAACAAUUAAAUGCAGUGAAGAAAUAAAGAAUAUUGCAAUACAAGAAAAAGGUAAGACUGUAGAAAAUGAAAUGCAGACAGCAGUUGAACAAGAGGAAGAUGAAUCUAAACAGGAAUUGACGCAGGAUGCCAGAGUAAUCCUUGAAGAAGUUGUUGAUAAAGAGGUAUCAGUGGAAAAUAGUGAGAAGCUGGGUCUUCUAGACCAGCAAGAUGAUGCAUGUGUUUCUGAUGAGAGUUCACUGCAGACAGUCACAGAACUAUCACAGCAACUUAGUGAAUCUCUUGAAGGCAACAUAAAAGCAAUGGAAGUUCAAAAUACUGGGUUAAAUUAUACAUGUCAAUUUAGUAGAGAACAGAUGGGAAACGAGAAUGAGGAAGGUGAAAAUGAAAGACUAGAAGAGCAGAAUGAACUUCAAGAAGAUAAGACACAGGAAGUUGUCCCAGACGUUGAGAGCGAAGCUGAUUGCCUCAAGACGCGGAAAGCCAUGCUGGAUGAGAAGCCUGAUGAACAAGUGGAGGUGGCAGGUCCAGAGCAGGAAAGAGGGGAAGAUAAUGAAAAAAUUAACAUUGAUGAUGAAUUAGGGCAGAUAUUAGAAACUCAUGGAAAACAUGAUGCUGCAAGAGUUAAUGCACAAACAUUGGAGGAAGUUAGGGAAAAGAAAAUGGUCACAGAAGAAGAUGAAGAGGAGGAAACUUGCCAAAACAGAACACACAAAGUAGAGAAUGAGAGCAUGGUUACUGGAGGCAACCCUUGUGCCCAGCAGGAAGAAGAAAAGGAAGCUGAAGAAACUGGCCCUUUGCAAAUUGAUACAUCUCAGUCUGCAGCUACAGAAAAAGCAUGUGAUCUGGUGGAGGAUGAAAUUGAAAAAGUGUUAGACAGUAAUAUGGAAUAUUCAUCAGAACAGGAGGUAGGAAACUUAGGCCACACUGGGGAUGAAAACAAAGAGGAUGUGCAAGGUAAUAGAAGAGGCAAGGGUAAAUCUAAAGAAGAUUGUAUAAUAUCAUAAGUUCAAAAUCUAGGACCAAAAUAAGUUACAUGCACCAUUAUUCAAUCAGGUUCCGUACAAUAAUGCACUUUGCACGAUAAUCAGACUUUAGAAAUACUCUUUAAGUUUCUCUGUAUGGAAGUCUCAGAAUAGUGUCACUCUAUAUAUGCGGUCAUCCAUCCAAUUUCUUUACUGCUGUACAUGUCCACCAGAGAGAAAACACGUAGAUUUGUUUUUAAUCUCUCAGGUUUCACAUUUUAGUACCCAAAGAACACCAGCACAAAUGUAUUGUUCAGGUUCACAUUUAGUUACAAUGCUUUUAAGGCAGGUAUCUCCUAUCGAGAGACCUUAAAUAUUGCUCUUAUUUUCUAGACUUGUUUUAAGGAAAUUAGAUGUUUUGAAUGUAAUACCUACCUUACGUCUAUGUUAGGUAAAUCACCAUUUCAUGGUAAUUAUCAUAAAGCAACUUUCAAGUAUUACAGCACUGUCAUAUCCAAACUUGUUUAUGAAUAUCUAAAGUUCAGGAACCAAGUAUCACUGCUAAAAUAAAAAAUGCAAUCCCACUUUCUGUAUUAUUUUCAUAAGAACACAUUCCAAGGCAUAGUAUAUAAGAGAUGCACACAAAAUACCAAAAUAUUAGUUAGGUCACUGUGAAUGUGCUUAGUCUGCACACUUUGAAAGGAAAGUAUACAGUUUAAGAAAGUAAAACAUAAAUGCUUUGAGUUGUUAGUCAUAAGGGUAUACAAAUUCACUUAAUCUAGGAACUUUGCACCAGAAUAAGCCUUCUUCUACAUCAUGUCUCACAUGUGUUUUUUAUUUUUUUAGAAAUGUUUUGGUACACACACUAAUGUGUGUGUGCAGAUUUUCUGUCAAGUACAUUUUAUUGCAAAGUUAAUAGUAUAAUAAAAUAUCUAUUUUUCCUAGAGGAAAGUUUGUUAAUAUUGCAUUUCCUUAUUGUAUUAUCUUUUUUUCACAAAAAUACGGUUCUGAAAGAAUGUUUUCUUAUCUCUUAAUAUAUUUUUCCUUCCUCCCUGCCAGGAUGAAGGCAAUUUUGAAUGUCUUAAUCUCUUUGAAUAUCUUAAUCAGAUAAUUGGUAUUGCUCUUUGAGUCCUAGUGCCCAUAUAGCCAUUCCUGCCUUGCGGAAGAUACCUCUCAAUAGCUUGUAAUAGCCUGAGUAAAAACAAUAGAGAGAGAUGUCUUAUUUGCAAGUUUUAAAUAUGUUUUGUAAAAGGAAACAUUCUUUUAAAACUUGUUCUAAGCAAUGAAAAUCAAAAGGGAAUGCAAACUCAAGGUUUUGGGUGGACUAUAGCAAGAUAUUGCUUGUAUUGCUGUUACAAGAUUAGUAGUGUGCAAAUAGAUUGCAUCUUGACUCUUUUCAUAUCAAAAUGUAAUGAGCUGUAUAUAAUUGAAAUAAACUUAUUUUAUACAUUAAAAUACCUGUCCAGAGCACUACUUGCAAACCUUCUUAAAAUUCAAUCUAAACUGAUAAGAGUCUACAAGCUUAUUUUGUAAAAAGGCAUUGCACACUGGCCUUUCACCUGCUUUAUGUAUUAUCAUUCUUCCAAAUGUCUAACUUCUUUCUUAUUGACAGUUUUUCCUUCAUGCUCAUUUUAGGUAGUAAAAUUAAUGUGAUGUCAUUCUACUAAGAAACCUUGACCUCCACAUCCAGGAACUUAAAUGACAUUGCAUGAAACCGUAAUUUUAAACCUAUGGUGCCUUUUAUAUGUUUUCCUUUCUGACAUUGAUGGCAGCUUUGGUGCAAUUUCUGUGCAAUCCUUAAAGUGGAAGGCAAUAAAUGUUAAUAUUGAAAUAUAACCUGAAGAUCUGCUCCUUCAAAGCUCCUUCUACUGUAUAGCACAUGUAACUAGUAUGAAGAUUUUUCCAUUGCUUAAAUCUCAAAUGGAAUAUAAAUAUAUGUGCUCAAUAGACUUUCUCAAUAAUUAGAAAGUCAUUUAUAGUUGAAUGUGUUAGAAUGGCUAGCCCACAGAAGCACAGACGAACACUUGGUGUGUCUGGGGACACCUUGUUCAUAAAGAGAAAUGUAAUUUAAAUACUUCUGCUUUGAUCGUGAGAAAAUUAAUACUUUGUUUUUCAUUAAUAUUUCAUUUACUCUGAAGCUUGUGCAUAUCUGUUACUUUUUAGAACAUUAGUACAGCACCAGGGAAAUAGAUGCAAUGAUGACUCGUUUAGUAACUUGGUCAUAGUGUUCUCUUCUGUUUUUCCAAACAUGAGCGCUAGCUACUCUGGAUAUUUGCCAUGAUUUCAGAAUCCAAUGGACAGCUAUCAACACAGCAAAGCUGCUACUGGUGAAGCUGCAUCCAUGACUGGCCACCAAUUGCUGAAAUCAGGGCAAAUACCAGUGCAGAGAAGGCCUUUGAGUUCUUUGGUCAUUUGUCAACCUGAAUCUUCACACUUUAACUUGCAUGUCUUGGGUUGUGUGCACUGCAAGAGUGUGGUUCCAUGCAAGCAAAUCUUCUUGAAAAGGACCACAGGUAAUAGGGGAAAAAUGGUUAUUUGCCAGUCCUCCAGGUUUACACAGAUGGCACACAGUGAAAUGUGUGCUGUUAUCUAGGAAACAUGACUUCCUAGUCUGUGUCUAUGUAAUAAUGCCAAAAGUCAGAAAGUGUGCAAUGGACAAUCAGGUUCUUUGGUAUCCUACUUCCAUAGCACAGUAACAGCUCCUGCUAUAGUACAAUUGCUUUUAGCAGCAAAGGUUCCCAGGUCAGGCACUUACGAUGGCAGCCGUGUAAUCUGAUUUCUUAAUUAUAGUGGACUGAAUCAUCUUUCAGGGAACAAAAGCGCAAGUUCAUGGUAAACUCAUUGUCUCUCUAAUGACAUGCAUGUUAUGGCUGCAGUUUCUUUUGCAGAAGAGGCUAUUAAGUGAUCAGAACUAAUCUUUUGGGCCCUCCAAAGCCAUGGCCAAUGGUUCCAGUUUAUUUGGGUAUCUAGCAAUGGCAGGGCUAUUCUCAGCUUUCCCUUCCUACCACAUUCCUAAUACUCUUCCUUCCAAAACUAGCCUUGAAAAUCUCUCUGAAAUUUGCCUAAAGAUUCAUGGUUUAAUUGUAGUCUCCUCUCUUCCCCCCUCUUUGAACUGCCACAGCUGGGUCUUUUGGGUCCACGUGACCCAUGGUUUGGGGAUGAUCCCAAACAGGGUGAUCACAUAGCAAGUUUCAAAGUCAAGACAGGAGUGGGGGAUAACAGCCACCUGUAUAACACAAAGCCCUGAAUAUGAGGACUGUCCCUAUAAAAUCUGGACAUCUGGUCACUCUAGUCCCAAAUCAGCGCUCAGGUCUGGGAGAGAGUACUACUUGUGCUGCUACCGAUGGCACCAGGGUGCCUGCAAGUUUUCCCACUUGGCUUCUUGCAAAUGACCAGUUGCACUACUGGGGAAUCAGAGAGAUUUCUAGCUGCAGCUAAGGUAGUUGAAUAGCAUGAGAUGCAGCCUAGGUUUAAUGUGAGAUGGACAGCCAAAAUCUCCUGUAUCCAUAUCUUGUGCUUGUGCUUCCUGCACAGCCUUAGUCAAGUCACAAGCUGUCUGUUUAGUUUUCCCCAUCAUCAAAAUGUGGACACCUACUUUACAGGGAGAAAUAUAGUAUACUACAUGUGUGUGUACACCAUAGAAAGUAUACUUACCACAUGUAAAAGGCACUGUAGAAUGGAGUUACAAUCCUAGUGCCCCUCAGACACUUAGCUUAUGUGCUUGUUAGAAAAAAGCAAAAUAAAAUACAGUGAGGUUUUCUUCAGAGUCCUCUUCUUUUGGGGGUCAGGGAGAGUGAAGAGGAGAGAUCCUAGAAAGUAGAGUCUCUCACACACGUGCCAGCUUCACUCUGGCUGUGCCUAAAAGAAUAUUUCAUUUGCCCUCCUCACACCUGCACAAGACUCGUAAUGGGAAUAGAUAGGAGACCAUCAUGUUGUGGGGAGUGAUGUGAGAACCUGCAUUUUUGGGGGUGUUUGCAAAACAAAGGUCAGGUCUAAAAAUGACUGACAAAUAAAUGUUUCCAUUUAGGAUACUGCUGAUAUAUUUCAAACACAAAAGGCAUGUUACCAUACUGGAAAUAAUGUGGUAGUUACGUAAUAAUUAUGUGUAUAUGUGUGCAUGGUUAAUUAAGCUUCCAGAAUGAAAUGGACCAUUUUGGCAAGUUUACUUCAAAAUGGGACAUUCCGUCCUCUAUUAAAUUUCAUUCUUAAGCAGUUUACUUGCUGGGUUUUCUUCUGAUGUUUAGCAGCCAACCUUGGCUGCAGCCAUGAAAUACUUUACCUUGCUCUUCUGUUCGUUGGCUUUGUUUCCAUUUGUUUCCUUUAAACAGGGUUUUCUGUUCUCCACCUCUCUGUGUUUUUCAGCUGCUCUACAUGCACAUGCUUUUCAAACAGUUAUUUAUUUUGCAGGAUUUACCACGUCAUGUGGUUUGUCAUCCGUCCCUCCCUUCCUCUCCACUCCCACAUUCAGUUUCAUAUCAAGAAAGUUGUUUUCCCCAGGAAAGUACACAAUAUGGUUUCACCUCAGUACCUGGCUGCCACAAUGCAUGAUGACUUUGAAAUUCCCUGUGUCCUGUCCAUUUCUUGGGCAAUUGAGUGCUGAAUUCUUUCAGACAGUAGAUGUGUAAUGCUGCUGAACUGCCAUGUUGUUUUAUGAUUUGUUGUCAGACAGCACAGAGAAAAAGAUGCAGUUUUGUAAUUUAGAAUGACCUCUUUGUGAUUAUAUGCAUACCCCAGUGAAGAGUUACUAUAUUCUUCUGAGUUACCAUUGUUGCAGAUUUGCCAGAUUUACAGGCUCCCAUUUUAAUUCAUUUUUUCCCAUUUUUCAUACACUGAUAUCUGUGAUGCCACCGUUAUUUCCUGUGUGUGUCAACAAAGAAAAAGGAUUACAAUUUAGUGACCUAUUGCAUAUAGAAGAUCUAAAAAAAACCCCUAUUGCCUUCAUAUUUAAAAAAAUUCAAAACACUCAGUGUAGGUCUCUUACUGCAGAUUAUAUCCUUAGAAAUAUAUUCAGUGAAAUCUACAGCUGAUUUGUGAAUUGUCAAUUGCAAACUCAAAGAAAUGCAAGAACUUUUUCGGAAUGAACUUCACAUGUUGGCAGUUUAUUCAGUAGCCAGCUCCUGACGUGCUGAACUCAGGUGGAAUUUGAGUGGUCAGCACCUAUAGAUUUGGCCCUGUGUAGAUGACUGCCUAGCUGUAAGGAGUGCUGUGGUGGUGUAGGUGCAUCAGUGCCAGGAUACUAGAGAUGCAAGUUGGGAGAGGCAAUAUAUUUUAUUGGACCAACUUCUGUCCACUCUGUAUGUCCACCUCUAGGAAGGACCAACUAAUAAUAUAAAAGAAAACUCUGGGAAAUCUAGUGAACAAAUUCAGCUGCUCAAAAGGAACAAAAAUUGUCAAUGUAUUUUGUUCAGUAUAAAGGUAAAAUACACAUGAUGGGGCUGUAACUCCAUAAUUCAUAAAAUCACUUAUUGCAUAAAAUAUAUGGCAUCUCUUGAAAUGUUUCCCUUGGCCUCAAAGGGAAGAGAUGAGCGUAGUGUUUUGUUUACGCUCUUCAAUUUUCUUUUCUCAAAAUUACCUUUUCAAUUCUGGCAAACCGGGUGCUCUCUUGUAUUUGUAUACUGAUCCCUGGUCCUUCAAAAUUCAGAUCUAACACAACAAGUUGUCUCAGACAACACACUCCUAUUUAUAUUCGACCUGAAGGACUAAAAUAGAGACCUCCCUCCACUUUACCAGACUCUCUCUUUAACAAAAAUCCAACAUGCAAAUGUUUUACUAAGGACAAUGACAGAAAACGCUGUAGCCACGCUCCUUUGUUACAAAGUUUUUAUUGAUGUUUUAAAAUGUUACCAUGUGAUUAGCAAUGAUUGCAGGUGUACUUAAUGUCUUCCUAACGAUAUUAAAUUUUAAAGAUUUGUGUUACAGUUGUGUUUGACCCUAGAGUUUUUGCAUGCUAACCUAAAAUAGAAGAUUAGCCUGUUUGCAUGCCGUUGGGUGCUGCUACUGAAGUGACAAGCAUGCUCAAUGAGAAUGACAUAACUUCCCUUGGCUGAAACCCCUUCCCAGUCCUGUCUGUGACCUCAUUUCCUGUGGUACGUGCAUAACUACCUUCAUCAUUUGUUUCACUAACCCUUAAUUCUGUCUUUGAUUAAAUACAUGCCCUGAAAGAUGCAUCAUAACUAAAUCAGCACUGAGUUCUCUGUUC